AUGGGAAUAACAGAACAAUCAAUAACAAAUAUUAUACAUUUGCCCAAAUCAAGAUUUAAAUUACGGAGGAAUCAAUUCGGAUUUGUGAUAAAUACAUUGAGUGAGUUGAAUGCCGUCAGUGAUAGCAAUAAACCACUAAUAAAAUGCAGAUGCACGGGGGAAUAUCAAAAAGGUCGAAGCCAAGUAACUUUCCUUUACACAUGGCUGCAUGUUAAUGUGGACCAAUUGAUUAAGCCAUCAAAGAUCAACGCUCCUCAUGAAAGUCACCUGAAAUUUGUUGAAAUUAUACUUAUUUUAUGGUCAAUAAAAACACCAAAAAUAUGCAUGCAAUUAUGUUGCUGUAAAACUUCCACUUAAUAAAUAAUAAACCG